ACACACCCUGCAAGAGUCGCAGAAUUCAUCCAUGUUUCUCGCUUCACAGAACGAAAUUCGAGACACGGUGAAAGAGAAUUUGGAAAAUAUAAUCGGUUACAAAGAGCUUCUGUCCGAUGUUGUCAAACUGUGUGUGCACAUGUUCGAAACAAAGAUGUACCUGACACCCACCGAAAAGCACAUGCUGGUUAAAGUUGUCGGAAAAUCGGAAGCUACAUUUCGUUCGUGCGUUAGUUAUUCGCUUGGUUUUUGUCUGUUUUGCUAACUUAAUAAAUUGGAAGAUGCAAAUAUCCAGUUGGACGUGAAUAUUAAGUGUCAACCCAAGAAUGGGCCGCCAUGCCCAUGCAAUUACACUCAUCAGAUCUGCAAUUGGUCAACGGAGCACCGCCCCGCCAAACUACGUUCUGUCCGCUGCUCUCCAUGCUGGAGGAUCAGUCGAGCAAGCGAUUCAAAUCCUAGAAUCGUACGCGGACAUCGUUUCUCCAAGGCAGGAUUCUCCUCUAGCUUGUAUUGUAGCUGUUGUGAUAAAGAUUAUUAUUGGUGGAAUCAAUUUUUCUGUGAUAGAUAAACAUUCCAAUGCGUGGGAGGAGGACAAGCUGGGGCCGUGGGCAUGUAGGACCACCCACCGAAAUAAUUGCUCCACAACCUGCACAGCAACCUCCACUGCAGCCUCUACCACAACCUCCACUGCAACCAGCACCUCCAGCACCUGCAUCGAUUCCUCCACAGAAGCCAUGAUGUCUGGGAGAAAUAACAAUCAGUUCUGAAGAGGAGCCGCCAUCCGCAGACACAUUGAGAACUGAUGCAGUAGAUUAUACGGGAUGCAGCUCUUGCGACAAGCCUGAUAACUAGAUGUUUGAAGCAGGCAGCCUAGAACUCAGGUCUCGAAAGAAAAUACCAACUAUUUUUGUUCCUCAAUGAUUACUUUUAGACUGAAUUGACGCUGCGCAAAACUGUUUUACUUCUCUCUUACUGCCCUUUUUAAACUAUAUAUAUAUAUAUAUAUAAUGGUCAUUUUGUUUACUUGCUAAUUUUAAUAUUCAGUUAUUAGUGUUUGAAUGCGUCGUUGAGUUGCUAGUGUAACACUGAUUUUUGUUCCUAUUUUCGGAAACUUGAAUAAAUUUCAUGCGCUCAUGUAAACAAGCUCGUUCUUAGACUAACAGUGCAAAUAUGGCAAAUUUCACCUGAGCCUUUCUUUAGCAUGUUCAACCCAUAUUUUGUACUUGUAUCCCCUUGAAAUAUCAUUACGUUAGAAAGUCAACAGGGAAUUACUGAUUUUUUGUUUUGUUUUCAAGAACUUAAAUCAAUUUUCUUUUUUCUACUA